UGACCUAAUACCUAAAAGAACAUAGAUUCUGUCUCUCCCAGCACUGGUAAAGCCCCUGCCAGAGCGAGCGCCAUAGCUUAGAGAAGAAGCUGCGUCUGUGUGGAGUGUAGUGGAGAGAGGAAGAAUGAAGAAAGAGGUGUUUCUCUUCUACUGUGUGGAGUCUGAGGCGCUUGCUCAGAAAGUCGCUGAGCAAUCCCACCUUAUUAAGCUUCAAUCCAUCAACUGGAGGAGUUUCGAUGAUGGAUUUCCAAACCUUUUCAUUAACAAUGCACAAGACAUCCGAGGGCAACAUGUUGCCUUUCUAGCAUCUUUCAGCUCCCCAGGAGUGAUUUUUGAACAGCUUUCCGUCAUUUUUGCUCUUCCAAGGCUAUUUGUUGCAUCUUUCACAUUGGUAUUACCUUUCUUUCCAACUGGUUCAUUUGAACGUAUGGAAGAGGAAGGAGAUGUGGCAACUGCAUUUACCAUGGCAAGAAUUCUGUCAAAUAUUCCCAUUUCAAGGGGAGGUCCAACAAGUUUAGUCAUCUAUGACAUACACGCCUUGCAGGAAAGAUUUUAUUUUGGGGACCAUGUUUUGCCUUGUUUUGAAACCGGUAUUCCUCUGUUGAAGCAACGUCUUCACCAGCUUCCCGAAUCUGAUAAUAUAGUUAUUGCAUUUCCUGAUGAUGGUGCUUGGAAACGGUUCCACAAGCAAUUGGAUCAUUUUCCAAUGGUAAUAUGCACAAAAGUUCGUGAAGGUGAUAAACGGAUAGUGCGGCUGAAAGAGGGUAAUCCUACUGGUUGUCAUGUUGUCAUUGUUGAUGAUUUGGUACAAUCUGGAGGUACCCUAAUUGAGUGCCAGAAAGUUUUGGCAGAUCAUGGUGCAGCAAAAGUGAGUGCUUAUGUGACCCAUGGCGUAUUCCCCAAGCGCUCAUGGGAGCGGUUUGUUCACAAGAAAGAGGGUUCAGCAGGCACAAAAGAGGCCUUCGCUUACUUUUGGAUCACAGAUUCGUGCCCUCUUACUGUGAAAGCGAUUGAAAAUAAGGCACCUUUCGAAGUAUUGAGCCUUGCAGGCUCCAUAGCUGAUGCUCUUCAAAUCUGAAGUGUUUCUGAAGAGGUUUCAGUUUGCCAUUUUCACAGGUUGGAAGGUCUGCUUUGAAGUGUUUUCGGGAAAGUGAAAGAGGAAGGCAUGUAACACAACGUUCCUUCCCUUGAGAAAAACUGUCAUAUGGGUCUGCCUCAGAGUUGUUUUGUUGCCUUUGAACUUAUAAAAUCUUUCCCUUCCAUGCCUUGGUGGAUUAUUUAUAAUGAUCUUGCCUUUUAUAAGUUGUGAAGCUGCCCGCUCCUUUCCUUUUUCUUCUGCUUUUAGCAUGCAAAAGCUAGUGGAGUAUUGAUGGUUCAA